GCGGCGGCGGCGGCGGCGGCGGCGACAGCUCUGGGGUUCGCGUCUCGGGGUGUGUCGGCCGCCGCUGCUGCUCAGGCCUGGAAUGUACAGAUGGCUGGCUAGGGUUCUCGGCACCAUUCUCCGCUUGUGCGAGCGGCCCGCGCCCGGGGCCCGCGCCCUGCUCAAGAGGCGGCGCUCGAGCAGCGCUCUGUUUUCUACUACAGUGGACACUGAUGAAAUCCCAGCUAAAAGACCAAGAUUAGAUUGCUUCAUUCACCAAGUGAAAAACAGUCUGUACAAUGCUGCAAGUUUAUUUGGACUGCCAUUCCAGCUGACCACAAAACCCAUGGUGUCUUCUGCUUGUAAUGGAACACGGAAUGUGGCCCCUUCAGGAGAGGUAUUUUCGAACUCUUCAUCUUGUGAACUGACGGGUUCUGGAUCCUGCAACAGCAUGCUGAAACUGGGUAAUAAAUCUCCUAAUGGAAUAAGUGACUAUCCAAAGAUCAGAGUGACAGUGACCCGAGAUCAGCCACGUAGAGUCCUUCCUUCUUUUGGUUUUACAUUGAAAUCAGAAGGCUAUAAUAGAAGACCAAGUGGCCGUCGCCAUAGCAAAAGCAAUCCAGAGAGUUCCUUAACAUGGAAACCUCAGGAGCAGGGUGUAACAGAGAUGAUUUCUGAAGAGGGUGGCAAGGGUGUGAGGCGUCCCCAUUGUACUGUGGAGGAGGGUGUCCAAAAGGAUGAAAGAGAAAAAUAUCGAAAGUUAUUGGAACGACUUAAAGAAGGUAGUCAUGGAAACACUCUCCCUCCUGUAGCUUCACACCAUAGUUCUCAGAGAAGCCAGAUGGACACAUUAAAGACCAAAGGCUGGGUGGAAGAGCAGAGUCAUGGAGUCAGAACAGCCCACUUUGUUCCAAAACAGUACAGAGUUGUUGAAACAAGGGGACCUCUCUGUUCAGUGAGAAGUGAGAAGAGGUACUCAAAGGGAAAAGCUGAUCCGGAGAAGGUGGUGGGACUCCGAUUUGAAAAGGAAGGUACAAGGGGACACCAGUUGGAGCCUGAUCUAUCGGAAGAAGUGUCUGCCAGGCUUCGCCUUGGAAGUGGGAGCAAUGGCUUACUCAGGAGGAAGGUAUCAGGACUCGAGGCAAAGGAAAAGAACUUCCCAAGCCGAGAGAAGGAGAGGAGAACAGAUCUCUUUGAACUUACAGAGGACAUGGAAAAGGAGAUCAGUAAUGCCCUCGGCCAUGGUCCACCAGAUGAGAUCCUGAGCAGCGCUUUUAAAUUGCGAAUUACUCGGGGAGAUAUCCAGACCUUAAAGAACUAUCAGUGGCUCAAUGAUGAGGUCAUUAAUUUUUACAUGAAUCUUUUAGUGGAAAGGAGUAAGAAGCAAGGCUAUCCAGCACUUCAUGCAUUCAGUACAUUCUUCUACCCUAAAUUAAAGUCUGGGGGUUACCAGGCAGUGAAAAGAUGGACCAAAGGGGUAAAUCUCUUUGAACAAGAACUUGUUCUGGUACCUAUUCAUCGGAAGGUGCAUUGGAGCCUGGUGGUGAUGGACCUAAGAAAAAAGUGUCUUAAAUAUCUGGAUUCUAUGGGACAGAAAGGCCACAGGAUCUGUGAGAUUCUUCUUCAGUAUUUGCAGGAUGAAAGUAAGACCAAAAGAAAUACAGAUCUCAAUCUCUUAGAGUGGACCCACUACAGCAUGAAGCCACAUGAGAUUCCUCAACAGUUGAAUGGGAGUGAUUGUGGAAUGUUUACUUGUAAAUAUGCAGAUUAUAUUUCUAGGGACAAACCUAUCACAUUUACUCAGCACCAGAUGCCUCUCUUCCGUAAGAAGAUGGUGUGGGAAAUCCUUCAUCAGCAGUUGCUGUGACAAUGCCCUGACCUGGGCCUUCUGCUGCUGGUGGUUCUUUAAUGGAUGUUUCCAUAUACCUCAUGCAUUAUGGGUUAAAAAGUCCCCAUGUCAUUUCUGUUCUCUCACAGGUACUAGCUAUCACGAGUGCAUGAAGGCCUCUCCACAGUAGCCCUGACUUGAGGUGUGGAGGGGCUGUUUGCAACCCUGUUUGUAAGGCUGUGCCUGCUCAGAGCCCUGGACUGUUCAUCCCAUACAAGAACAAAUGCUAAUUAAUGUUUUUUGUUUUAAAGAGUUAUUUCCAUAUGAAUGUGGGAAAUGCAGGAUUUGUUCUAUGAAUUGUUUUUUCUGUAUAUUUGUUCACAUGUAUUCAUUCACUCAUUUGCAAACAUUGGGCAGUGCCCUUUUCUCACUGCUCUUUUAUAAUUAACUAUAAAUAAUUUGUUUGAAAUAUUUAUUUCUGAGAAGAAUGUUAAUCAAACUGCCACUUCCUGCUGCAGAGGGACACAUCAGCAGGGAGAGGAGGGGGUGUCACCAGCUUCUCUAAUGCUGGAGUAGGAACUGCCAACAUGAAGUUAAGGUUCUCUCUUUUGAGACUUGAAAACGCCAGAAGAAAUGACGAUGCUGUGUUGUAGGGAUCCGGCUGCCUUUUAGAGAGUCUGAUGCUAUGACACAGGCACAGUUCAUGGAAAUAUGUCCAAGGAACGAGGUCUGUGCAUCCUCAGAACAGCACAUGCUUAUCUUAGAGACUUUCUUUUCUAGAACUGAAGUAGCUUGGCUUCCUCUCGAAACUGGAUUCAAAGUAACUGUGACCAUAAAUGUUUCAUCCUAGGUGUGGUUGAGUAUGAACCUCACAAUGGUAAAAGGGCUGGCCUGAACUGUCUAUUUCAGAAGAUGCUCCUCAAUUUAAGCCUAUUUUUCCUCAGAGUUUUUUUUUUUUAAUAUAUAUAUAUAUAUAUAUAUAUAUAACUGAAAUUAAGUUCUUGGCUCAUUAGCAUGCCCUAUCCCAGUUCCACUGAGCCUCUGAGAAAGAUUUAGUACUUGGCUGAGGUUGCCUGUUUUACAGUCAUCUAUUUUGCAUAUGAAAGUUUGUAUUUAACUUUUUUGUUCAUUAAAAAUCUUACAGAUGUGGUUAUGCAUUUUUAAUUUCAGAAAGUUGGUCAGAGCAAAUUUUGCAAGAUCUAGUGCCUAGUGUUGCUUUUAUGAUGUAAUAAAAGACCGUCUGGCAGAACCUAGAA